AUGAAGAAGUUGGUGGAAGAUUUGAGAUUGUCUGUUACUAGGUUCGAUAUUUGUAGAGAUGGUUGCAUGUUGUUUUGGAGGGCUGAUAGUGAAUUAGAAUCUUGCAAAUUUUGCAACUUUCCAAGAUAUAAGGAAAACUCUAAUCAACGAACACCACACAACCAACUUUUUUAUUUACCAUUGGCUCCAAGAUUACAAAAACUUUAUGCAUCAAACGUGACAGUUGUUCAUAUGACAUGGCAUUCUCGUCAUGUUACCCAAGAUGGGAUGAUGUGUCAUCCUUCUAAUGGAGAGGCAUGGAAGACAUUUGACAACUAUUACCCAAAGUUUGCUAAGGAGGAUCGCAAUAUCCGUUUGGGUCUUUGUUCUGAUGGAUUUGCCCCAUUUGGACAAUUUGGAAAGUCAUAUUCGUGUUGGCCCGUCAUUAUAACACCUUAUAAUCUCCCACCUGGAAUGUGCAUGAAGACACCCUACAUGUUAAUGUCAUUAAUUAUUCCUAGUCCAAAGAGUCCUCAGAAAAAUAUUGAUGUCUACCUUCAACCGUUAAUUGCUGAAUUAAAAAUGUUGUGGAAUGAAGGUGUGCCUACUUAUGAUGUAUCUCGAGGUGACACAUUCAAUUUGAGGACAAUGGUGUUGUGCACUGUUAGUGAUUUCCUGGCUUAUGGUAUGUUGUCUGGAUGGAGUACUCAUGGAAAAGACGGGUGUCCAAUUUGUAUGAAAAAUUCGAAAUCAUUCCGCUUGAAAUAUGGUAAGAAGGCUUGCUAUUUUGAUUCGCAUAGACAAAUUUUGUCACAAAAUCAUCCAUACAGAUUUGAUACAGAGCAUUUUACCAAAAAUAAAGUGGAAAUGACACUUCAUCCGCCUAGGCCAAGUGGCGAGGAAAUAUGGUCUGAAAUUGCACAAUACAUGUUUGUUAGUGAAAAUCCUCACGUAAGUUCACCGGGUUUUGGUGAAUAUCAUAAAUGGACAAAGAAUAACAUUUUUUGGGAGCUACCAUAUUGGGGGAAACUUCUUAUUCGUCAUAAUCUCGAUUUUAUGCACAUUAAGAAGAACGUAUUUGAGAAUAUCAUCCAUACGGUUAUGAACGUUAAAGGUACGACAAAAGACAACAUAAACACUCGAAAGGAUAUGUUUAAAAUUUGCAAUCGUCCUGAGUUACAUAUCGACCCUCAAAGUUCGUGUAUGAGGACAAAGAAGGUGGCUUACACUUUGACGAGAGAUGAAAAUCGUAUUAUUUGUCAAUGGCUUAAAUCUUUAAAAUUCCCGGAUGGUUAUGUAUCCAAUUUAAGUAGAUGCAUUGAUAGAGACGAAACAAAGUUAAUUGAAUUAAAAAGUCAUGAUUGUCAUGUUUGUUUAGAAAGGCUGAUGUCAAUUUCCUUUAAAAAAUUACUUCCCAAAUUUGUGUGGGGAACAUUGACUGAUGUUAGUAAUUUCAUGCAUGAUCUAAGUUCUACAACAUUGAAUAUUUCUAAGAUGCAGACUUUGGAAUUAGAGAUUCCCGUAAUUUUGUGCAACUUAGAAAAAAUAUUUCCACCGGCGUUUUUUGAUUCAAUGGAACACUUGUUGGUGCAUCUACCUCAUGAAGCAAAAAUCGGAGGGUUUGUUCAGUAUAGAUGGAUGUAUCCAUUUGAGAGUUUACCAAAAGAUGAAAUAAACCGCCAAUUCGCAUCAUGGUUCCGAUGUAAGAUUGUUGAGGAACAUGGUCCUUUAGUUUCAAAAGGAUUAUUGUAUUAUUUGUCUUUUGAGCCCAAAACACCCGCAAUAAGACAUUCAAUGUACUUCGUUAAUGGGUUUGUGUGGCGGUCAAGAGAUUUUGGAUCUAACAAAGCAACCAUGAAUAGUGGUGUUUGUGUGCAUGUUGAUGACGCAGACUAUUAUGGACUUUUAGAGGAUAUAAUAAAAAUUGAAUAUCCUGGUCCAAGUUUACGUAUUGUUCUAUUUAAAUGUUUAUGGUUUGACCCAACCAGUGGUUCAAGAAUUGAUAAAAUAUAUAGGUUGGUUGACAUAAACAUGAAACAGAAGUAUGCAAAAUAUGACUCUUUCAUUCUAGCUCAACAAGGUAUACAAGUCUACUUUGCUACGUAUCCAAACAAAACAAAUCAGAUAGGUGAUUGGUUGGCUGUUUGUAAAACAAAGGCUAGGGGAAAAAUAGAGAAACAAUAG